AUGGUCGCACAAGAUCAAACUGUUGGAUGCUUUAGGCUUCUGGAGAACUCUAGCCGCUCAACUUGUCAAGGAUUGCUGCAGUAUCAAAGCAAAAAUGAGCAAUGGAAAGAGCGCUGGUUUCUCCUUGAUGAACAUAAAUUGACACUUGUCAAGUGCAAUAUAAUAGACCACCAACCAGCAGGCUCGCACGGUAGCAUAUUAGGUGGUGAUGUACUUAUCGCCGAUGCAAGACCACUGACGGAAGUGCAUUCAGCUCAUUUAAACAGUGACAAGAAUCCAAACAGUGACGCACUUUCAUUUAUUGGCUUUGAAAUUCUUACGCAAAAUGGUGCAAAAAUUGUUUUUCGCACCAAGUCGCUGAAAGAGCAAGACGUAUGGUUGACGGCUAUUCAUAAAAGCGCAAGUGGAUUUGCUAUGGGAGUUGCUGCUCGAUUGGCCGAUCGUGAGUUGCUUGCAGGCAAGUUCUCAUUGGUACGAGAACUUGGGCGUGGUGCCUCAGGCAUUGUCUCCCUCUAUACAUGGCAAGGUAAACCUUAUGCCAUAAAAAAAUUUGUUUCGCAGAAGAGCAAAGCUUUGCCAAAUCGUCGAGCAAUUCCUGUUGUUACUAAUAGACGAUUGUCCGCUCGAAUUAGCGAAACGAACGCGAUUCCUGACGAGGUUCGUCGAGAAGUGGCUUUGUUAAAAAAGGCUAGCAAUCUUCCUUAUAUCAUCCGCCUCCACGAUGUUAUCCUUGACAAGGAACAUAAAGAAUACUAUUUGGUUAUGGAGUACAUGGGAGGUGGCGCCGUUGCCGAGUGGGACGAUUCUCGAAAGUGCUAUGUCAGCUCUCGAGCUAAGAGUACGGCUAGUGGCAACACAUGUUUGCUAAGUGAAAGCACUGUGCGUUUAUACGUGACUAACCUUGUGGUUGCCAUUCAAGGCCUUCAUUUAAAUAACUUAGCUCACCGCGACAUUAAACCCGAAAACCUCAUGGCGAAUGAAAUGCACACCUUAUGCAAGUUGGGUGAUCUUGGAGUUGCUCGGUAUUUUAAAGAGGAGAACGGUGAGCUUCAAGACGAAGAAGAUUUGGGAGCAAUUGAAUUGUGGAAUCUUGAUCACGGUAUGUCCCAACCUCUGCUGAAUACAUCAAUGAGUGGAGCGGAUGAGAGUUCGAAGCAUCUCAAAGGAAUGAUUAAGUCAACAAAAGGAACAUUUCAAUUCUUACCUCCCGAAUCGCUUAAAGGCGAUGCCUUUUGUGCCUUCAAGGCAGACAUUUGGGCUAUUGGAGUAACCAUGUACGCUUUGUUAUUCGGCUCGCUUCCAUUUUAUUCAAGAGAUAUAAGCGAACUCUUUGAUAAGAUUGAAAAUGACCCUCUCAGUUUCCCUCCUUGCGAGGAUAAUGACGCAAAAGAUUUGCUUAGAGGAAUUCUGGAAAAGGAUCCGGAGAAACGUAUGACGUUGGACGGUAUAUUGCAGCACAGGUGGACACACCGCAACAUCAACUCAAAGAAUUUACUGAAGCAAUCAAAUGCUUUAAAAUUAUCCCCCUCUUUGCUGGUUGAAGAUCAUGAGCUUGGAGGCGCUGUAUCAAUUCACCAGACUAAUUUUCUUAAGGUAGCAGCUGCUGUACGUCACGACACGCUUAAUGAUCUGACCAUCGAUGUGGACGCUAAUGUUUCUUUAAAUGAAAACUACAAACCUACUCCAAUUGACACAUCUCAGACAAAACUUCCAGAGUGGUUCGAACCCCAUCGAGAACUCGUUACGGCACAGAUGCACUACGAUUGGUGCCACAAUAAAGCAUCAAAAGGGUGGAAGUAUGGUAGCGUUCGAGAUGAUGCAAAAUUAGUGCAUCCUUAUAUGUUGCCCAUGCGAGCAUUGGACGAAAUUGCGCAAGCACGCAAUUUUUCAUCAGUCGAUGAGGUUAUCAAGUGCAUUGUUGCGCUCGGAGUAGAAGUUGCCUACCGCCGGCCGGUGAAGGAAAAAUCACGAGAUAUCCCUUUGUCAUCAAAUCUCGUUCAUUUGUCGUGGGAAAUUAUGAUGCUUAUCGAUCUUCUUGCUGAAAAUUCGCACGAGGUGUGGGCGACAGAGUACGCAUCUAACGGCUGGUGCUAUGGUGUUGAGUUCGAUGAAGUUUCAAAGACGCAUCCGUCGCUUAAAUCGUACAUGCUACUCGAUGAAACUGAUAAAAGUCUCACGCGCGAAAGCGUGACGUCUGUUCUCAAGUCAUGCAUUUAUCUUGGCUGCACUUUUUCGAUAGCGCAUCGUGGUCGCAAACGCUGGCAAAUUUGA